AUGGACCAAGGCGACAGUAAAGAUGUGGACGUUUGCCGUCAGAUCCUCGAACUUGAAAACUUCGAGAUGGCUUCUGGUGUUCUAAAUCCAAGUCAAUAUCUGAAUCUCCUUUGCCUUUACUUGAGGAACAAUAACCUAAUGGCUGCUCGGUUUUUGUGGAAGCGCAUUCCAAGUGAUUGCAAAACUGCAGAUCCUUGCCUUCAGGCUGUCUGGAAUCUAACUAUUCUUCUUCUGAAGCGACGAAACGAUGAAUUCCUUUCUUCAUGUCGGGAAUUUUUGAGAAGCGAUGAUCUUUCUCCAUCUGUCCAGUCUCACCUCUCAGCGGUAUAUCAGAGGAUACAGCGCUCUACCAUAGAUCUGAUCAAAUCUGCUUUCUCUUGCAUAUCCAUAGAAAAAUUGUGCUCUAUGAUGAGUUUACCUCAGGAUGAGGCUGUCAGUUUUAUGGAAAACUGGACUCCUUCCUCCGAUGGUCUCUUUUUAAUCGGACCCUCUACUGAGGCUCUGCCAGAACAGGCUGUUCUGAACACUAUCUCUGGUAGCUGCGGCAAUGCCGUUGAGCCGUUACGUCUCCAGUGCCCGCAGUGCUCCUUUCAUACUACCAGUUCCAUCACUCUCCGUCAGCACGCCUGGACCAACCACUUGGGUGAAAAUCAGACAUUCCAGAGUCGCUUCUACACUUGUUCGAAGUGCACAGCUACCACCACCGACCUCAACAUCCUCCGCGAUCACUUUGCCCAGGCACACGGUAUACGUGAACCUGAUGUUAGAGUUAUUGUCAGUUGGAUCACUCUGACCCGCAGUGCAGUGUCUCAGCCGACGGCGCGCAGUCUCACUCCCCCUCCUUCUCCUCCUCCGCCUGUCGUAGAAGUUGAGGAGAGCGAAGAUAAUGAGAUAAUGGUGGUGAGAGAUAACGGGCCUAUCGAGAUCCCUCCCGCCUCCCCGUCGUUUGCUGAACCUUCGCACGAUCAGCCGACAGCUGCGCCGCCCCCAUCACCGGCGGCGGAGUCGCAGGACUGGUCUCAGCUCAUCAGCCGUGUGGACAAAAAGUUCUCUUGCCUCCUCUGCAUCGCUUCCUCACCCUCCGUCUACUUUUACAACGGUCGAACUGAAGUAGUCUUUCAUGUGGUUACGCGUCACCUCCUUCGGAAAGAAAUCGAAGAUGAUCUUGCUCACCACAGGAAGUUGACAAAUAAAGUCAAACAACGAAUCGGUGUCCUUUUCGUCGACGGGAUGCACAUCCGUUCUGGUGUUCACUACAAGGAUGCAGAACGAGUUGAGGCGGCACUCUUUCACUCGGUUGAGUUACAUCUACGCUGGAAAGCGGUCCUUGGAGCUGACGCCUCCUUGCCUCCGCAGAACAUGUUUACCUGCUCUGGAUGUCAGGCUGUGUUCCACAGUGAACAGCUGGCAGUGAAUCACAUAAAUCAGGAGCUGCGAGCUCAACUGCCGGACUUUAUGCGCGCCCGCUCCUGCCCCUGGUCUCUGAGCGCCCGAGAUGAGUGGGUGUGGUGUGUGCCCGACCUUCAACCCUCACCGACAUCGCAGCAGCAGCAGCAGCCUCCACCACCAUCACAGACUGUGCUUGCUUCCGCUGUACCCUCACCGCCUUUCCGUGACUCCCUCUCCACAACCUCGCAUACCAUGGAGACUGGGCUCCCCAAGAGCCUCCUCUUUGCCAGCAUCAACAACGCCGCCGCCUCCCCCUCCUCUUCUGCAUCUCGCCGAUUGUGA